GAAUUUUUAAAACCCCAACUACAUCCCCACCAAUCGUAUUCCAACAACAACCACAAUCUCUUUCAGUCGAAUAUCCCUCUCUCUUAAAUUUACCACAUCUCUCCCUCAUCUCUCCCCCGAGAAACAUGAAGGUCAGAAACAAAGGCAAAGUCCACCCCUCUCCUUCCUCCUCCUCCUCCUUAACCCAAUCUCCCCCGGACGACAUUUUCCCCGUCCUAAAAAUCCUCCCGGCGGCCAUCCUUCUCCUCGUCUCCGUUCUCUCUCUCCAAGACCGUGAAGUCCUGGCCUUCAUGGUCACACGCUCCCUCAAAUCAUCCGACCCAUCUAUCCCCCCAAACAAAAAGAACAUCCACCACAAAACGGCGGCGUUUAACUGCGACUGCUUCAACUGCUACACUAGUUACUGGUGCAAAUGGGACUCUUCAUCGAACCGUGAACUAAUCCACCAAGCCAUUGAAGCUUUCGAAGAACACUUGAACAAUGAUGAACACUUCAAAAAAACCAACAGCAAGACGAAGAAGAAAGACAGGCUCGUUUGCCGAAAAAUCGCCGGGAAGUCGCCGGAGAUCAGUCCGGAAAUAUCGGAAGAUAUAGAAGAGAUUGAGAGGCAGUUUGUGAAAGUGGUCCAGGAGGAUGCAGAAGGGAUGACGCCGGAAAUUGAGUCUCCGACGCCGGAGUUAUUGCCGGAGCACAAGGGUGUGGCAAGAAAGGUGUUGCCGGACAUAAUGGGAUUACUAAAUUCUCGUAUAUGGAGUCUUUGGAGUCCGAAUGUGUAAUGUAGGAGGCCCACAAGUUGUGGUUUUCAACUUUUGAAAUGUAAAUUACUCCGUCCAUCAUUUUAGACUUUUAGUGAUGCUAAAAUACUAGUUCCUCGUUCUCUCUUUAUAAAUUUUUUUGAACAAUCCCACAUUUACCAUGAGUUUACUGA